AUGGCGAGUGAUACACCCUUAAUGGGUGCUAGUAAACGCACAUCAGCAACUUCCGGUCUGCGCAAUAGCCAGACAGCACGACCUGUUUCCCCUCAUACACCACAGCCGCGUUCGGGAAACCCCUCAUUCACCAGCAGCACAUCACCGAGUCCCUCCUUUCGAAGCGAAGACGAUGCGAUCAUAUUUGAGAUAGGCGCACGAUGGCUCCGCGCAGGAUUCGAAGGAAGCAGUGCGCCUGUGUGUGUGGUUGGUUUUGGACCCGAAGACUCUAGGAGAGCGGGAGACUAUCGAGGAUGGAUCCAGGGCAGCACCGGUGCUGCACGGCUACCGCAACCCGUCGAUGUCGAAGAGUGGACACGGGCAUAUGAAUUGUGGCGGCCAGAGUCACGAGAGGUUGAUCUGGGGCUGGUCGAGGAUAAGAUCGAGCGCGCGUUUCGGGAGACAUACAACCAGUUCCUAUUGACGGACGCAGGCACAUCUCGCCUGGUUCUUGUCCUGCCAUCUCUUAUGCCACAUCCCUUGCUGUCGUCGUUGCUGUCGACGCUUUUUAGUCGUUGGCGCUUCCCUAGUGUUACGCUUCUGUCCAGUGCGACCAUGUCGGCCACGGCAGCAGGAUUGCGGUCAGCGUUGGUGGUUGACCUUGGCUGGGCCGAGACCACGGCAACGGCGAUCUACGAAUACCGAGAGAUGACUACGAAGAGAACAACACGGUCUAUGAAGCAUUUGAUGCAGGAAAUGGGGCUGCUUCUUACCGGGUUGGCUUCUGACGGGAACCAGGAUACGGAGAUUGCGGAUAAGAUCUCUGUUGGAUUCGCGUACUGUGAAGAAGUGGUCAGUCGGUUUGCCUGGUGCAAAUCGCAGACAGAAGAAGGUACAAGCCCCGAUGAAGCCGACCGGAAAUUGUCGAUUCCUUCGCCCGCAAACCCCGAGGAAGAAUAUAUGGACGUGCCGUUUGCACGUCUUGCCGAACCCACCGAGAAGGUUUUAUUCGCACCAGGUGUCGCAGAACAUGAAUUGGAUGACGAAGAAAAAUCCUUGCCUUUGCUUGUCUACAACUCCCUUCUCUCACUGUACCCCGAUGCACGAGGAACAUGCAUGUCCCGCAUUGUCUUUGUGGGCGGCGGUUCUCGAAUUCCUGGGCUGCGGCAGCGGGUCCUGAAAGAGGUCUCACUUUUGAUUGAUCGUCAUGGAUGGAGUCCAAUUCGAGGCAAAGCACUCGAGCGACAACGACAGAGAUUGGAGGGGCUGAGACUUUCAGCCCAAAAAGCUCCCAACCAACCUGAAACCCCCAGGAGCGAUGGGGAAGCACCAUCUACCAAUGACGAACCAGCCGAUCCAUCGAAGGAAGUGCCUGAGAUCGAUUUCGUGGAGCAAAAGCUCCGCCGACAAAACAAAGAUAUCCCAGUCCCUAUUCAAGGAGUCUUGCGCGAAGUUGAAUCUCUCGGUCCAUGGGCGGGUGCAAGCCUGACAACUAGUCUGAAGAUCCGGGGGAUGGUAGAGAUUGAACGAGAAAAGUUCUUACAGCACGGACUCGCUGGAGCCACACGAGACAUCGACCAUCCUGUUCCUGAUCGUCGAUCGGGCUUGAGAUCUGGCGGUGAUCGGUCGAGUUGGACGCUUGCAGGCUGGGCAUAA